AUGUCUAAGUUAAAAUCUUUAAAAGUUGAGGCCAUUGUUCUCUCCCUUCUUCACCCACAUCAUGGUCCCUGUUUCAUGUUCCUUGACUUCUCUGUCUCUUCCAUCCUCUUCCACUCUCUUCUUGAUCCGGAGAUGCUGAAACUGAGUCUCAACAGCAAUCGAAUUACUAGCAGCAGCUUUCUCUAUGGUUUGAACAGUUUUAUCUCCUGGAGUCUCCUCUUUCACCGGAUUAAUCUCCUUCGGGAUCUUGAGUUUGCGGCCAAGAAUUUGUGUAAUAACAUUCUAGGAGAAGUAGUUAAUGUUAGUGAGAGUAACGAGUCAGAGAUUGAAGAAGCUGUGAAACGUGGUUAUCUAGCGACUGAUUCUGACUUUCUCAAGAAGAUAGAUGUUAAGGGAGGAUCUUGCUGCGUCACGGCUCUGAUUAAAGACGGGAAUCUCGUGGUGUCUAAUGCCGGUGAUUGUCGUGCUGUUUUGAGCGUUGGAGGAUUCGCGGAGGCACUGACUUCUGACCACCGCCCUUCUAGAGAGGAUGAACGUAACAGAGUUGAAAGCUUGGGCGGUUAUGUCGAUACAUUCAACAGUGUUUGUAGAAUCCAAGGAUCUUUAGCGGUAUCUAGAGGAAUCGGAGAUGCUCAUCUCAAACGAUGGGUGAUAUCUGAACCAGAGACAAAGAUUUUACGUAUCAAUCCCCAACACGAGUUCUUGAUCUUAGCGUCUGACGGUCUGUGGGAAAAAGUUGGUAACCAGGAGGCAGUAGAUAUAGCUCGACCGUUCUGCAUGGGAACUGAUGAUCAGAAACAGAAACCAUUCUGUCUCACGGGGCUCCUUGGACGAUAUCAGUGUGAUGUUGAUUCCGUUAUGCCGCUUCCUCUGACCAGUGAAGAUAUGUCAUAUUAG